AUGCCUUCUCGCCGUCCACUGACGCCGACAACAUCAGACUCGAUGGAUACACCUUCCAACCCACCUCGAGAUUUGCCAAGAAAGUUCGACGUGAUGAUCCCAAAACCGAAAUCUCCAAUACCUAUCGGCAAGACCAUCAUUGAGGACAGCGAGGCUGACGGUAGUGCGGAGGAAGAAAUCGUCACGGCUGGGGCUCGACGUACUCUCGACAACUUGCCACCACGUCGUACCGCUCCAAGACCAAAUGUUACCUUCGAGACCCACCGACUACCAGGGGAAGAGUCCAGCGAGGAAGAGUCUUCGGAUUCAGAGUCGGAGUCGGAAGAAUCAGAGGUGCCGAGUGUUCAGCCCCAAGACACCGGGCCUAGACAUGUUGGGUUCCCACCGGUUGAAGAGCUGCCAGAUUGGUUUCCUGAAAACAUCAAGCAGAUGUAUCGCGUUGAUAGACAUGGCGGUGCUCUGUCUUACAAGGAGUUGAACGAGAUCACUAGAUACCGAGCUGCAUUGGAGAUCAUCUGCCGUCGCAAGUGGAGGGAGUACAUCAAAGCUGGGGACGCUCGGUGGAAAUUGCAGCAAGCUCUACACCAUUUGAAGUGCCGACCGCUGACGAAGCCUUUCUACAAGUACCGAAAGGAGCAGUUUAGGGCAUGGAAGGCGAAAGCGUUGAAGUUGUGGAAGCGAUUGGAGAAGACGCAUCGUGGAAUUUUGAUAUUGGAGGAGACAAUCAACAUCAACUUUCGUCAAGAGAGGAUGAUUCACGAGAAGCAUUUGAUGGGAUGA